AUGCAAUCGAUGCCAUGGCUAUUUAGACAAUCUCUACGGACGGGUCUGAAUUUAUCGAGAACAUCCCUUCCCGGUCGAUCGCCAAUUUCUCCAGCUCCUAUUUCCAAAGUUCAUUCCAAAACAGCAAGGCGAAACUUCUCAGUCUGUUUACGAUGCCAUUUCCGAUACCAACCAUCCCUUCGCUCUGAUGAAAUCAAGAGGUCAACAGAUGAGAAACAGGACAAGAAAAUAGAAGAACCUGUGAUUGCCUUGGGUGCACCGGAGAGUACUCAAGCAGAGCCCAAUGCGGGGGCCCAGGACACUUCGCAGACUGCAGACACGGUACACACACAGGGACAGGAAGGGAAGAAGGAGGAUGAGCCCGGCUCAACACAGAAUGGAGGCCUCCCUUCAUAUAUCGAGGAUCGUCGGUCGCAAUUUUCUAAGCAGUUCACCACAUGGAUGGACAAUCUGCAGUCAAAUGUCUUCGUGGCGGGCCAGCGGCUGAACGACUUGACUGGUUACUCUUCCAUCGAAGCCCUCAAAAGGAAUAUACAGGAGCAAGAGAAACGCCUCCGAGCCGCUCGCCAUCGAGUCCGAACAGCGAAAGAAGCUUACGCAGCCGCAAUCAACCGACGGUCAACAUCGCAACGUGAGGUAAACGAACUACUACAGCGUAAACACGCCUGGUCGCCGGCGGAUCUGGAACGAUUCACACAUCUAUACCGCAACGAUCAUACAAAUGAGGUUGCCGAAAAUGAAACGCAGGAAGCGCUCUCAGCGGCCGAGCGCGAGUCGGAAGAGGCUGCUGCCAGUCUCACCAAGAGCAUCCUUUCUCGCUAUCACGAGGAGCAAGUCUGGUCGGAUAAGAUCCGUCGUAUGAGUACAUGGGGGACCUGGGGCUUGAUGGGCGUCAAUGUCCUCCUCUUCCUGAUCUUUCAAAUAGCCGUCGAGCCUUGGCGCCGAAAAAGACUCGUCAAGGGAUUUGAGGAGAAGGUCCUCGAGGCCAUUGAGAAGGAAAAAAUCCUUGUUCACAGCCAGCCCGUACCACCUGUCGAAUUCACUGCUACCCAAGACGCUCACUCUCCCACCUCCGGUCUUGUCACCCCAUCUCCUGGAGAUAAUAUCGCUUCAGAAGAAUCCUCUGAGGCGACUGUGGCCGCGAAUACACCAACGACAACCGCCGAAGACGAAGCUUCGGGGAGCAUGGCUCCAGAGAACAUAACAAGCAGCAGUCUAGAGUCCUACAAACCUCCUUCGUUGCAGUCUCUCCUAUCAUCUAUGUCCAUCGAAUGCUGCCGUCAAUACAUACAUUACCUGCUCAGCGAGAGCCCCGUCACCGUCACACAACGCGAUAUUUCUGUAGUUGCCGCCACAAGUGCCGCAGCCGGUGCCACUCUUAUGGGUUUGGUUGUCGCCUUGAUUCGUUCACAGUGA